CAGAGGGGGGGGGGUCUAGAAAUCCCAAAAAAUGAUGGACGUAAUUUUUGAAUCUUCCCUGGCGUUUUGAGGAUAGACCCUAUUCAAAUACACAACGCGAUUUUUUUUUAUGUUUCACACAUUUUCUGUGUAAUUUACAUUAAGCGUGUGACUGAUGAUCUUCCUGACGCUCGCGUGCUUGCUCGCGUGUUUCUGUUUGGUUUUUUAAAUUUAAAUGAAAAAGAUUUUUUUUUUUCAAACCAUGGAUUCGAAAACAAAUUCCUCCCCAGGCAGCCAUUACGAGCAGCUUCUGUCCCUAACCAAGAACCAAGAGGCAUUGAUUCGUAACGUCGAUCCGAGCUUGUGCCACCUUUGCGACGCGAUGACCUGCGCCGGUUCCGGAGUGGUACUAGCCGACUGUUUGCAUACCUACUGUACCGAUUGUCUGCGGACGUCCCUUCUGGGGGCCAAUACCACCGGAUGCCCUUAUCCUCGGGGUAAGUACGAGUGCGUGGGAAACCUGGAGCAACGGGAGCUUGAAGUGCUCUUAAAUGCUGAAGAGUAUCGCGCAUUGAUGGGACGUAAGUCAAGCGCCUUGCGGGACAUUGCCAACUCACUAGAGCACGCCACUGGUAAUCGAGAUAACCGAGCGUUGCCAGCAGAUCUGGAUCUCCUGCUGACAUUGACCGAUGGAAACGUUGUGCCGAACCCCGAACCAUUUGAAUGUCCAAUAUGCUUCGCAGAGUUCAAAACGUGCGAAGGUGUGAUCCUGCACGAUUGCUUUCACUGCUUUUGUCGUGAAUGCCUGGCCAACUCCAUUAAGCAUGCCGACGAUGUGGUGGUCCGAUGUCCUUAUAAGGACCGAACGAGUUCCUGCGAAACCGAAAUCCAAGACCGCGAAAUUCGAACCCUUCUCAGCCCGGACGAUUACGGGAUCUACUUGAAGCGGUCUCUGAAGCAGGCCGAGAGCUCAACCGCUAACGCUUUCCAUUGCAAGACCCCGGAAUGCGAUGGAUGGUGCAUUUUGGACGAUCAAGAAGAUGUUACUGUUUUUCUGUGUCCGCUGUGCGAUGCUCGAAGCUGCCUGCUAUGUGAUGCUUUGCACCCCGUCGGUAUGACCUGCGAGGACUACAAUGACCGACUAGAUCUAAAUCCGGAGGGACGGCUUUCGAUUGCAGAAAUCGAUAACAUGCUCGCAGCUCGUACGGCCAGGCGAUGUCCGAAAUGUCGUUUCGUUCUGACCAAGAACGGUGGCUGCAACAAUAUAGUCUGCGGUAAAUGCAAGCUGGAACUACGUUGGGACUAAAGCAAUUAAAGCAGAAACGUGAGUAGCAAGAUCGGAGUGUUUGGAGCGUGAAGACUUGUCUACGAGUGAAAUGACAUAAAGUUGUUAUAAUGUGUUCCCCCCAGUACAAUUUUAAUGUGUAGCUACACAUUUGCAUUGAAUUCGAACAUUAUGUGACUGAAACUGUGAACUACUAAA